GCCCAUGUGGCGUGGCCAGCGAGGAUGUCAGACAUUUAAAUGAAACACACAGGGACUCAGGAGGGCGAGAGUAAUUUUUAGGGCUUGGCCAAAGUGGGAAUCACGAAACUCUCCGUUCUGUAACGUUACCGGGAGCCGACCGAGAUUUAGAGGAAUACAGAAGUCGACUCUGCCUUGAAGCAUCUGCGUAAAAUAUUGCGUUAAACUAUACCCGCGUUCAGAAUCAAGAAAUACUCAUUUAGACAUGGAAGAUAUCGUUAUAGCUGGAAUUUCAGGUCGCCUUCCUGAGUCGAACAAUUUGGAAGAGUUUUGGCAGAAUCUUUUCAAUGGAGUGGACAUGGUCACAGAAGACGACAGGCGGUGGAAACCAGGUCUGUAUGGCCUUCCCAGAAGAAAUGGAAAACUAAAAGAAAUCGACAGAUUUGACGCAGCAUUCUUUGGCGUGCAUCCCAAACAGGCCCACACCAUGGAUCCACAGCUCAGGCUUAUGCUAGAGAUAUCGUACGAGGCCAUCGUCGAUGGAGGCAUAAACCCAGUGUCCAUGCGUGGCAGCAAAACUGGCGUCUACAUUGGAGUGAGCGGUUCAGAGGCAGGAGAGGCCUUCAGUAAAGACCCAGAGGAGCUGCUGGGAUACAGCAUGACAGGAUGCCAGCGAGCCAUGUUUGCCAACCGCUUGUCUUACUUCUUUGAUUUCAAUGGUCCCAGCACAGCCAUUGACACAGCGUGUUCCUCUAGUCUGCUGGCUCUGGAAAACGCCUUCAAUGCUAUUCGCCAUGGCCAAUGUGAUGCUGCACUCGUUGGAGGAGUGAACCUGCUGCUCAAGCCCAACACCUCAGUGCAGUUCAUGAAACUGGGCAUGCUCAGUCCUGAAGGAACCUGCAAGUCAUUUGAUGCCUCAGGAAAUGGCUAUUGUCGCUCAGAGGCUGCUGUUGCAGUACUCUUGACCAGGAAGUCAAUGGCUAAGAGAAUCUACGCCACUGUUCUCAAUGCUGGCAACAACACAGACGGCUACAAAGAGCAAGGUGUGACGUUCCCUUCAGGUGAGAUGCAACAGAGACUGGUCCGUUCUCUUUACCAGGAGGCUAACAUCUCACCUGAGCAGGUGGAGUACAUUGAGGCCCACGGCACCGGUACUAAGGUUGGAGAUCCUCAGGAAGUGAACGGCAUUGUGAGUGUGUUCUGUCAGUCACCGAGGGAUCCUCUUCUGAUUGGCUCAACCAAAUCCAACAUGGGACACCCGGAGCCUGCCUCUGGAUUGGCAGCUCUUGCUAAGGUGGUUUUAUCUCUUGAACAUGGCGUCUGGGCUCCCAAUGUUCACUUCAAUGAACCAAACCCUGAUAUUCCUGCACUGACAGACGGCCGUUUAUGUGUGGUGUCUAAGCCUACACCAGUCCGCGGUGGCAUCGUGGGAAUCAACUCAUUUGGGUUUGGAGGCUCAAAUGUCCAUGUGAUCCUGAGUCCACAUGUUUCCGAGUCAUCAGAUAAAGCACCAGCACCUUCAGUCCCCAGACUCCUGCAGGCCUCGGGACGCACUGAGGAGGCCGUCACUUCCCUGUUCAGCAAUGCCCAGCAGCAUCCGGAGAACUCCAGCUACCUGUCUCUACUCAAUGACGUGUCUGGGGUCCCGACGGCAGGAAUGCCAUACAGGGGCUACACACUGAUCGGGGCGCAGGGAGAGCUAACUGAGGUUCAGCAAACACAGCCCACACCAAGACCACUCUGGUACAUUUGCUCAGGUAUGGGCACGCAGUGGCCAGGAAUGGGCCGAAGCCUGAUGCAGCUGUCUGAGUUCCAAGAGUCCAUCAAGCGCUCCGACAUCGCUCUGAAGGACACUGGGCUGUGUGUGAGCCGCCUGCUCAUGGACGCUGAUGAGAGCACUUUUGAAGACACGGUCCACGCAUUUGUGGGUCUGGCAGCUAUUCAGGUUGCCCAGAUUGACAUGCUACGGAAGAUGGGUCUGGAGCCUGACGGAAUUGUGGGUCACUCUGUAGGAGAGUUGGCUUGUGGUUACGCUGACGGUUCUUUGAGUCACAGUGAGGCCAUUCUGGCUGCUUACUGGAGAGGACGCUGUAUUAAAGAAGCCAAUCUGCCACCCGGAGGCAUGGCUGCUGUGGGCCUGACAUGGGAAGAGUGCAAAGCUCAGUGCCCCCAGGGUGUUGUACCAGCCUGUCAUAAUGCUGAGGACACAGUGACCAUCUCAGGCCCUCAGGACUCUGUCAGCAAGUUUGUUGCCCAGCUGAAAGAGAGUGGCGUGUUUGCCAAAGAAGUGCGCAGUGCCGGUGUGGCUUUCCACUCAUAUUACAUGGCCUCCAUCGCUCCAGCUCUCCUGUCUGCACUACAGAAGGUAAUAAAGAGCCCAAAGCCUCGCACAGCUCGCUGGAUCAGCACAUCCAUCCGGCAGUCAGACUGGGAGAGCCCACUGGCCCUCUAUUCUUCAGCUGAGUACCACGUCAAUAACCUGGUCAGCCCUGUGCUCUUCCAGGAGGGACUGAACCAUGUGCCGGAUAAUGCUGUGGUUGUAGAAAUCGCUCCGCAUGCUUUGCUGCAGGCCAUCCUGAAGCGGAGCCUGAAACCCACCUGCUCCAUCCUCCCACUGAUGAAAAGAGGACAUGCCAACAAUCUGGAGUUCUUCCUCUCUCAUGUGGGCAAGGUCUACAUGAAUGGAAUUAACGUGGACAGUAAUAAGUUGUAUCCAGCUGUGAAAUACCCUGUUCCCAGAGGAACCCCCCUCAUCUCCCCUUACAUUCAGUGGGAUCAUUCCCAGAGCUGGGAUGUCCCAAAGGUGGAAGAUUUCCCUGCUGGCUCAGGGGGAUCCACUUCUGCCACUGUGUACAAUAUUGACAUGAACCCAGAGUCUCCUGAUUACUACAUGAUUGGUCAUUGCAUUGAUGGCCGGGUGCUUUACCCAGCCACAGGAUACCUGGUUCUAGCCUGGAGGACUUUGAUGAGAUCCCUGGGCACGGUCAUGGACCACACGCCUGUUACUUUUGAAGACGUCACCAUUCAUAGAGCCACCAUCCUGCCCAAGACCGGGUCCGUCCAGCUGGAAGUGCGACUCAUGCCCGCCACUAACCGCUUUGAGGUUUCAGAAAAUGGAAAUCUGGCAGUCAGUGGUAAGGUGAGUGUCUUGGAGGACUCUGGACUUGAUGCUUUCCAUGCUGAACUGAAUAAACCAAUGGCUGCAGACAAUGAAGAUCCCAAACUGCGUUUAAAAUCUGGAGACAUCUACAAAGAGCUACGUCUGCGGGGAUACGACUAUGGCAAAACCUUCCAGGGAAUCCUCGAAUCUAACAAUGCUGGUGAAUGUGGGAAACUUCACUGGACGGGUAACUGGGUGACCUUUCUAGACACCAUGCUGCAGAUGAUUGUAGUUGGGCUGCCUGGCCGCAGCUUGAGACUGCCCACACGGAUUCGCUCUGUGUGUGUGGACCCCAAACUUCAUGAGGAGAGGGUGAACGAGUACGAAGGAGACCAAAAAGCUGUCAAUGUAUUUGUUAACCGCUGUCUGGACAACAUAACCGCUGGAGGAGUUCAGAUCUGUGGGCUUCACGCUACCGCAGCACCUCGUCGGCAGCAGCAGCAGACGCCGCCUACUUUGGAGGAGUUUGUCUUUGUUCCCUAUGAAGACGCCGACUGCCUGAGAACCAAUGAGAAGCUUGCUGAUCAGCUGAGGCAUUGCAAAGGUCUAGUGCAGCGUCUGCAGAGAAAGCUUGCGAAUCAGGGAGUGAAAAUCUCCAUCCCUGGGUUAGAAGGUGCGUCUGAGGGCCAGCUGAUUGGAGCAGAGGCUGAAAAAGGUCUUUUGCGUCUGCUCUCAGUUCUCUGUGGACUGGAACUCAAUGGAAACCUGCGCUCAGAGCUGGAACAGACGGUGCAGAAGGAGAGAGACUGUCUCCUGCAAGACCCGCUGCUCAACGGCCUGCUGCACUCCCAGGCCUUACGCCACUGCUUGGACACUGCGCUUGAAAACAGCACUCCUGGAAAACUCAAAGUCCUGGAGGCUCUUGCAGGAGAUGGCCGUGUGUUUUCUCAGGCUUUCGGCCUCCUCAAUAUCCAGCCGAUGUUGCGUCUCGACUACACUGCUUCGGACGUCUCCGCUGAUCAGCUUUCUGCUCACCAGAGCUCCCUGGAGGAGCAGGGCAUCUCAACUGCUCAGUGGGACCCUCUUCAGGGGCCAGUAACAGGCGGACUGGACGGAGUCGAUCUGGUUGUGUGCAACUGUGCAGUUAGACCGACAACCAAUCCAGCAUUUCUGAUUGAGAAUCUGACCUCUGCUGUAAGGGAAGGUGGAUUUAUUUUACUCCACACUUUACUCCGAGGAGACACUCUGGGGGAGAUGGUAGCCUUCCUCACAUCUCAAAACAGCAGGGAGGGUUUGUUGACUCAGACUGAAUGGGAGGAGCUUUUCCAGAAGGCCUCUUUAAAUGUGGUCAUGCUGAGAAAAUCCUACUAUGGCUCUGCUCUCUUCCUCUGCCGCCGCAACCAACAAUCCUCUCAAAAACAGCCCAUACAUAUUUUCGUGGACACUACUGACUACAAAUGGGUUGAAACUUUAAAGAGCACUUUAGCUGAGCCAUCUGAUAUCCCAGUUUGGCUCAUUGCCACCAAGGGCCAUAAUGGAGUGGUGGGAAUGGUGAACUGCCUCAGACAGGAGCCUGGAGGCAACCGUAUACGGUGUACAUUUGUUUCUAAUCUAGGUAAGGGUGCUGCCGUUCCCUCCCUUCUUCCUAACGAGAAGGUCAUGAAGGCAUUAUUAAAGAAGGAUCUGGUUAUGAAUGUGCACCGGGAUGGACUCUGGGGCCUUUUUAGACACCAGUUGUUAACACAAGAUCUCAGCGAGGAAUUGACAGAGCAGGCUUACGUGAACGUCCUGACUCGUGGUGACCUCUCAUCUCUGCGCUGGAUCGCUUCCCCACUGCGUCAUUUUGUUGCUUCCAGUCCCAAUGUGCAGCUCUGCCGGGUUUACUACUCCUCUCUUAACUUCAGAGACAUCAUGCUGGCCACUGGCAAACUGCCUCCAGAUGCCAUCCCUGGAGACAUAGCGCUGCAGCAGUGCAUGCUGGGAAUGGAGUUUUCAGGGCGAGACCCCAGUGGGCGACGCGUAAUGGGUUUGCUGCCAGCUAAAGGCCUUGCCACCUGUGUAGAUGCAGACAAACGCUUCCUUUGGGAUGUUCCAUCCAGCUGGACGUUGGAGCAGGCUGCCUCUGUGCCAGUGGUGUAUGCCACCGCAUAUUAUUCCCUGGUGGUGCGAGGCCGACUGAGGCCUGGAGAAAGUGUGUUGAUCCAUUCAGGCUCUGGAGGAGUGGGACAGGCCGCUAUUGCUAUUGCACUUAGUAUGCGCUGUCGAGUCUUCACAACUGUGGGCUCUAAAGAGAAGAAGCAGUACCUGCAGGAAAGAUUCCUACAACUUAAAGCUGAAUCCUUUGCCAACUCUAGAGAUUCUUCAUUUGAGCAGCACGUAAUGCUUCACACUCAGGGCAAAGGAGUCGACUUGGUACUAAACUCUCUUGCUGAAGAAAAGCUGCAGGCCAGCUUACGUUGUUUGGCCAGACAUGGUCGCUUUCUGGAGAUUGGCAAAUAUGACCUAUCCAACAACACACCACUAGGUAUGGCUCUUUUCCUGAAGAACGUGGCUUUCCAUGGCAUCCUGCUUGAUGCUUUAUUUGAAGAAGGGAACAGGGAAUGGGAAGAGGUGUCUGAUCUGCUGAAGAAGGGAAUCUCCAGUGGAGUUGUUCAGCCAUUGCGUACCACAGUCUUUGAGAGAAACCAAGUGGAGGAAGCUUUUCGCUACAUGGCUCAAGGCAAACACAUCGGAAAAGUGCUGCUACAGGUGCGUUCAGAGGAGUCGAGCAGCUCUGUUCCUGGAGCCUCUGCCCUCUCUAUCCCAGCAAUCUGCCGAACUUUCUGUCCUGCUUCUCUCUCGUACAUCAUCACUGGAGGCCUGGGUGGCUUCGGGCUGGAACUAGCCCAGUGGCUCACUGAGAGAGGAGCUCGCAAACUGGUGCUGACGUCACGGUCUGGCAUCCGCAAUGGUUAUCAGGCCAAGCGUGUUCGUGAGUGGCAGGCCAUGGGAAUCCAGGUCCUUGUGUCCACCAGUGAUGUCAGCACCCUGGAAGGCACAGAACGGCUCAUCACUGAGGCCUGCCGAUUGGGUCCAGUCGGCGGCAUCUUCCACCUGGCCAUGGUCCUUAAAGAUGGCAUGCUGGAGAAUCUGACCCCACAGGAGUUCAUUGAAGUCAACAGACCGAAAUAUGAUGGAACCAUCAAUCUUGACAGCGUGACUAGGCAGAAGUGCCCGCAGCUCCAGCAGUUUGUGGUGUUUUCCUCUGUCAGCUGUGGUCGUGGUAAUGCCGGCCAAAGCAACUAUGGCUUCGCCAACUCCACCAUGGAACGAAUCUGUGAACAGCGCCGCCAAGAAAACCUGCCAGGCCUGGCUGUACAAUGGGGUGCCAUUGGAGACGUGGGUGUCGUUCUGGAGACCAUGGGUGGCAAUGACGCUGUGAUAGGUGGCACGCUGCCCCAGCGCAUGUCUUCCUGUUUGGAAGUGCUGGAUCGCUUCCUGUGCCAGCAGAGGCCUGUGAUGUCCAGCUUCGUGUUGGCAGAGAGAGUGGUUGUUGCUAAAGGAGAAGGAAGUGGACAGAGGGACCUGGUGGAGGCUGUGGCUCAUAUUCUGGGUGUGCGUGAUGUGAACAUUCUGAAUGCUGACGCCUCAUUGGCUGAUCUGGGUCUGGAUUCACUGAUGGGUGUUGAGGUCCGGCAGACGCUGGAGAGGGACUACGAUAUCGUCAUGGCAAUGAGGGAAAUCCGACAGCUGACCAUUAACAAGCUGCGGGAACUUUCCAAGCAAUCAGGAGGGAAGGAGGAGUCUCCUGUGAAGCGUCCUGUUGCUCAGGCUCUGCUGGAGUCGGAUCUGAGUCGGAUGCUGGUGAACCCAGACGGCCCCACGGUGGCCCCUCUGAAUGAGGUCCAGAGUGCAGAGAGGCCUUUGUUCCUGGUUCACCCCAUUGAGGGCUCCAUUGCCGCCUUCCGCACCCUCACCGCCAAGCUGAGUGUGCCGUGCUAUGGACUUCAGUGCACUAAAGCUGCUCCUCUAGACAGUAUCCAGAGUCUUGCUGCGUACUAUGUGGAGUGUGUGAGGCAGGUUCAGCCAGAGGGCCCGUACCGCAUCGCUGGAUACUCGUUCGGUGCGUGUGUGGCGUUUGAGAUGUGCUCACAGCUGCAGGCGGCCAAAUGCCCCAUCGAGUAUCUGUUUCUGUUCGACGGCUCGCACUCUUAUGUGGCAGCAUAUACACAGAGUUACAGAGCCAAACUGACCCCUGGCAAAGAGUCUGAAGCAGAGACUGAAGCUCUCUGUGCUUUCAUCCAACAGUUCACUGGUAUUGAGUAUAACAAGCUGUUGGAGACAUUGCUUCCUCUGUCUGACCUGGAGGCUCGUGUGAACAAGGCUGUGGAUCUGAUCACAUCCAGCCAUAAGAACGUCAGUCGAGAUAUGCUCCAUUUUGCUGCUUCUACAUUUUACCACAAACUCAAGGCUGCUGACCGCUACGUUCCCACUUCCAAAUAUCACGGCAAUGUCACCCUGCUGAGAGCCAAAGCCAGCAGCGAAUACGGAGAUGGUUUGGGAUCAGACUACAAACUGCACGAGGUGUGUGACGGGAAGGUGUCUGUUCAUGUGAUCGAAGGCGACCACCGGACCUUCCUGGAGGGAGAAGGCGUUGAGUCUAUUUCCGGCAUCAUCCACAGCUCACUGUCUGAACCCAGAGUCAGCACACGAGAGGGUUAAACCUUCACACAAAACCUCUUUUACUUUAUUUCUUCACCAUAUUACUGUAGCUUUCACCUUUCACAAAGCACUGUCGCUGCGUGUUUAACCAUUCCCCAUCUCUUCAUAACUCUCACCCACAAAAUAGCCUUAUAAAAACUUAUUUUUUCACUAUUUUAGAUGCUUGGCACACUUUUUUUCCUCACUUAAAUGGUUUCAUUCCAUGCUGGGAACAAAAACACAUCUGUUUGUUUGCUUUUUAAGGGAUAGUUCACCCAAAAAUGACAUAUUUGAGGUGACAUAUUUUCAAACAGUGUAAGAUAUUGUAGAGUUGACUGCUACAGUAUUUGUUUUACAACUAUGGAUACCAAUAGCUUACAUACAUCAAAAUAUCUUCUUUUGUUUUGACUAAAUAGUGAGUAAAGUUCAUUUUUGGGUGAAUUUGUCUAUUUAAAAAAAACUGUGAAAUCUUUAAACUUCGCUGAUUUCUGGCAUGUGGGUGAAUUGAAUACCAUCACUGACUCUCGUCUAACCUCUUGAAGUCUGCUAAAGGUUGUGUGUGUUCAUCUUCAUUCAGUUUUUUUUCCAUUUCCAACCUAAUGAUGCGGACUACAAUUCAAGGCUUUACUGUAUACAAAUCCACAUGUUAGCCGUUGGAAAUCUAGUUUUGCACAUGGCUGAGAUUGCUGUUUACCAAUGUUUGAGCCGUUACUGACGCUUCAGCAGUUCUAGUUGAUACUAGCUUCACUUGUUUACUGUAAUAUAGCGGUUUGGCUUGUUUUUGAAUAUUCGCCAGGUUCUCUUGAUGUUGAGCAUCUAAAAAAUGGUGCGUUUGAAGAGAAAGUGUAUAUGAUAAUAUUCUUGGAUGAAAUGAGCGUUAAAAGGGAUAGUUCACCAAAAAAUGAACAUUCUGCCAUCAUUCACUCUAAACCUGUUUGAUUAUCUGUCUUCGAUUGAACACAAAUGAAAUUAAAUUCACGCUCGAACGUGAGUAAAUGCUGAGGACAUUUAGAUUUUUAAGUGAACUUCCCCUUUAAGAGACUUGUUAAUGUUUACGUUUAAGUUAUGGGUUAAUUUUGGAACGUUGUUACUUUAAAACGAUGUUAUCUGUGGAAGCCCGUUCCAGCCACCUGAAUAAAAAAUAAAUAAAUAAAUAAGUGCAAUGUAAAAAACAAUAUAAAUUAAGAAUUCUGAGUUAAAAAGAUGCAAUUCUGAGUUAAGUCAGGAUUGCGAGUUAAGUCAGAAUUCCGAGCUAUUAAGUCAGAAUUGCGAGUUACAAAGGAGUUUCCUGUUAUGGCGACUAACCUUCUUUAGGUUCUUUGCUUGUGAUCUGGUAUGGAUUCGCAGCCCAGGUUCUGCAAUUCCGCAAACUUAAUAACUCCGACUUUAUAACUCAGAAUUUUGACUUAAUAUCUCAGAAUUGCGACUUAACUCCAAAUUCUGACUUAAUUACUCGGAAUUCUGACUUAAUAACUCCAAAUUGUGAUUUUUAUUGCUCAGAAUUCUGACUUUAUAAUUUUUUUUUUAAUUCAGUGGCAGAAACGGCCUUCCAUAGUUAUCUCACUGUUGCACAGGCUAAAAGCAAUUAAAGCACUAAUGUGAAAUGCUUGGCAAUCCCGGGUGAAACGUUAGCUUCCCUACUUAAUCGUUUACCAAUAACUGGAGUAUUAAUCUUGUGUUUAUGUUUCUCGUCCUCUUUUGAGGAUUGUACCAACAUUCCUUAUUCCUGCUGUAUAUGUUCUGGUAUUAAUUGGCUGCUUAAAUAUUUCAUACAGUAUGUAAGUUGUAACAAAUUCUUCUGUAAGUUCAUAGCGCAAAAUCACUUGUUUUAUCUUAAAUCUUGUCAGAAGGAAGUGUCGUUUGGUGUAGGAGCGCACUAUAGGACGUACGAGUAAUUUCCUAACAGUGACAUGAUUGAGUUUCUGUCACAACAGGAAAUUAUCCCUUAUUUUAGAAAGCGAAUCACUUUAUUUCUGAGACUAAUUAUUGAAGUCGGUGACGAACUGUGAUUUCUUUCAAUGUUUAGAGCAAAGCUGUAAGAGCUGGAGUUCAUUUUUCUAUUUUUUUGGUGUCAUUUUCCCCUGUAUUUAUUAUACUAGUUCAAAUAAAUAAAAAGCUAUUACUAACAUAUA